GUCCCGGUGUCACGCCCACCUUCCCGAAAACACCGGAGCCUAUCGAUCCGCAGCGACGCCCCACAGUAGUCCCAGCGCGCUCAAUGAUGAUGCGUUGAUGCCUGUGUGUGUGUCGCCGGCGCGAGCUGAACCAGACCCCGUCGCGCGCAGCAUUUGGUGUUUGACCAGUUUGCCCGUUUUCCUCGGAGGAGAAAGCGAUGGGAUCGGGUGCCGUGGAUUCCUCCCAGUGGCUGUCGGUGAAGGAAGAGACUAUUUUCCUCCACGACGGACUGAUUCGGGUCACGGACCUUGCGGAGCUGCCCAGCGAGAUCGGAGUGUCCGAACAAGGCGAAUCCGAGCAGGAGAUCUUGACCUUCGAGACCAAGAACCCAGCGGAGCUUGCCGAGCGCCUGCGAGCCGUCUGCGGAAACCAGAGCAACGCUUACACCAGACUUUUGGAGUACCGUCUCAAUGCUCUGCGUGGACUAUGGGGGGCGCAGCGACAGCUGGCCCUGGAGGAGCAGCAGGAGCAUGACGGGGUCCUCCCAGGGAGCGCCGGAGGGGCCGAUGAGGAGACGCUGGCCCUGCUUAAGAGACAGGGAUUCCUGCAGCCUCAACAUCACCACCAUCCUCACCACCCUUCGAUGGCCGCCGGCACCGAUCAAGCGCCGUUUACCUCACGGGUCGGCCUCCUGUUGGUCUUUCCACUACUGCAGUCGCAAACUCGGCACGACCCUGCGCUCUGCGGCGUCACCGCUGAGGUCCUGCUCGCGUGUCUGCGCGACUGCCAGCCGCUCAGCCUGGGCAAGGAGCCUGCAGACUGCCUUAAUGGCCUGGAGAGGUUGCUUUGCUCCUGGUUGGAGGAGAAGAGUGAGCCGGAGGGAACGGCACAGGCGAAACCACUGCUCACCCAACAGCAGAGGCAGAACGCAGCAGCUGCUCUAGUGGCUCUAUCAUGUGCAAGGGGUUCCCUCAAAACGUUCAUUCACACGGUCCACCUGCUGCAGAAACAGACAGACCUGGGUCAGCUUCCAGUGGCGGAUGUUCUCCAUAGACUGCUGCUUCUUGAGGGAGGUCCAGGCUCACCGUCCUGUUUGUUAGGAGUGAAACACAGUGUUUCGUGGGGCUUUGAGGACAUGCUGCCCACGCCAGAGAGCAGCGCCGCUGGAGCAGAGAGCAAAGACUCGGACCUGGGCCGCAGCCUGGCUACAGAUGGUUUCUAUCUCUACACGACAAACUCUUUUGGGAAGGGCUUAAGCAAGCUGGGCUCGGGGCAGCAUGGGACGCUGAGGGGUUUUGUGUACUGUCGGAAUGAGGAACUGGAGGCGGGGUGGUUGGCACACAGCAGUGGCUUUUUGCUCCACCGUCCAGCCUCUUUUGACACCAAACCUCAUCAGCUGUGCCAGGUCAUCGACCCCUUCACACUGCAGGUUUCCCAAGUGGUAGCGAUGCCGCUUCAUCAUUUCCCAGUGGGCAGCAGCUUGACCAGCCUGCGUCUGUGUUCUGAUGGUACCUUCCUCUACUGGGUUUGGUCACCUGUCAGCAUCAACGAGAAAACCCAGAAAGGCCACUCUGUCUUCAUGGAUGUCUUCCAGCUAACAACUGAGUUGGGUCUGUGUGUGGCCAGUCCUCUACAGGAUCGGGUAAUCCUCUCGCGAAAGGAAGGCGAGUCAUCGAAGUGUUUGAAUGAGCUACUCCUGAGCCGUAUGUCCCGCUUUCGUGCCUCGCACUCGUCCACGCUGGCUGCUCUCACCGGCUCCGCCAUCACCAACCCCGUCAAAGAGGAGCAGUCGGUAGUCAACACAAGCUGUGGUCUGUCUAUAAAAGCACUGAGGAAGACGCCGAUGUACGUGUGUGGGACGUAUCUGGUGAUGCUGGCGCCCGCUCCAGGUGUAGCUGGGAGCUCGGCCACACGCUCGCUGUUCGGUGGCUCCAGUGGCCUUUCUUCCCUCAAGAUCUUGGCGUCUAGUUUGGUGUUUAACCUGGCCGACGGUCAGUUUAGCAGUCGUGCUGAUCUGGUCGAUGCUCCUGGAAGUUCUCUGGGUCGCGGAGCUCAGGUUGCAGGACUGGGGGCCUGUUAUGAUGCACUUAACAACUUGAUCUGGACGUGCUCCAGCGACUACUUGGACCAGUGGUGUAAUCCUGGCAAUCAGGCCUUCCAUCAUGUGUGCCAGCGACUGGGCGUCAGUCACGUCAUCAGUCAGCCUAAAGAAGAAAUGAUAGACACAUGCAAAGUGAUAAACCAGCUGCUCCAUCAUGUUGGCGCCAUGUGCAUCCAUCAGCUCAACCUGCUGGCAGCCAGCAGUAAUCUGCACCUGGGACCCUUCAUAGGAAAGCAGCCCAUGGAGGCCUGCCACUUCAGCUCCAUAUGUGACGUCAUGGAGAAGGCCAUGGUUCACGGAGACACCUGCAUCAUCCGCUGCAUUCUGGUCGUCUUUCAGGUUGUGUUCCAGUUUUUUAAUCUAAAUGCAGAGCAGAACCGAGACUGUGUGAAGCGCUCUGGACUAUUGCUGUGGCAGUUACUCAUGGCUCCUCACGAUCAGAUAGAGCCGGAAAUACAAAGAGAAGUGUGUCUCGCCAUCAGGUGGGUUCAAUCCAGGGGAAAAUCUGCGCUGAAACAGUGUUACUCGUCAGUUGCAUCACUUUCUCCCAUCUUCCCCUGCAGGCUGAACGAUGAACUGUUGCAGUGUAUCUUGAAGACUGUAGUGCGCGAGUCAUGUCUCCUCAUCACCAAAUGUCAAACCGUUUCCAAGGAAGACCUUCAGAAGCUUCUCUCCACUGUACCUGUAGCGUCACCAAGCUUGCGUUAUUUAAUGGCUGUGCAGAACCAUUUGCUCAGCAACACCAUCCUGCUCCACCCGGACGACAUUGAUGAUAGUGACAGCUCCCUACAAGGGGAAACAAUGAAGGUACAGACUGCUUUGCUGCUAAAGACACAUUCACCAUUAUUUGUUGAGGAUUCGCCGCUAAAUCAAAGCUCCAAUCCACCCUCGUUAAAUGACAGUUUCCAGAUUCUGGAAGAGAGAGAGGAGCCGGGCUUUCUGACCGGCCUGAAGAUCCCUGCCCCAUGGGCUGCUGGGAAAACAGUGGAAACCGCUCAUCCGGUGCGAGAUAACUACAAGUUUAAAGAAACCGUGCACAUCCCUGGAGCUCGGUGUCUCUACCUCCGCUUCGACCCUCGCUGCUCCUCACAAUACGACUAUGACAAGCUGGUGGUUUACGCCGGGCCAAACACGAAUAGUCGUAAAGUGAGCGAGUAUGGAGGAAACACCAUGGGUUACGGUAGCCGCAGUGUCUUAGGAACUGGAUGGCCCAAAGAUCUGGUCAAGGUGGAAGGAGAUACCGUGACGUUCUCUUUUGAGAUGAGAAGCGGACGCGAGCACAACACCCCAGAUAAAGCCAUGUGGGGUUUCUCAUGCACCGUCCGAGCACAGGAGUCGUCAGAGGAUGUGUCGGGUGGCCUGCCCUUCCUGGCUGAUCUAGCGCUGGGUUUAUCGGUGCUGGCCUGCGCCAUGUUACGCAUCCUCUAUAACGGCCCCGAUAUCACACGAGAGGAGGAGGCCUGCCACGACCUGCUCUGCUCCAAACUACUGCAGAGGUGUCAGUGGCAGGUGGAGGCUAAUGGUGCGAUCUCUCCUGCCCUCACACCGUCUCCGUCUCCUCUGCCUCUCACCAUCGAUGAGGAGCGAGAGUUCACCUAUCCUUCAGACGUCCUCAUGCCGGGGGCUUGCUGUGAGCUCCCCCGCAUCCAUUUACCCCCGGGCAUUAUGGGCCGCCUGAGGGAGCUGUCUGGGAGAGGCCGGCCUCAGUUUCGCCCCAGCAUCAAAGAGGUGAUGCGUCCUGAUGUGAUGGAGGAAGUGAUCGUGUCGUGUGUCAUAAAGCACCUGGGUCUGGUGGAUGCGCUGCAGUCGCUGGUGAACUUCCAGUACAGAGAGAUGCACAGAGAGGAGCACAACCUGCUCUGCAAAAUCAUGGCCGAGACCUUCAAGAAGAUCAAUGCAAUGGAGAGACAGUUACAGAGUGUAGCUGAACUGGAGCAGAAGUGGCAGAAUGAAGCAGAAGAAGCUCAGCAGGGCAAACUGGAGAACAACUCUCCCUUCUUCCACGACUAUCACUUCUUUGAGAACAAAAUGAAGGAGCUGGAGCUUCUGUGUUCACUGAAGGAGGUUCCUCUGGACGGCGCAGAUCCAGAAAACGCUGUGAUGGCUUUAAGGUAUGAUUGCAAGAGUCUGUCUACAACACCAGCAUGCACACCAGCCUGUAAGUCGGUGUCAGACACCAAAUCGAUGGUUCCCAUCGUGAAGCAGCCUGUGUUCCUGCGCAGUAUGUCCGCUCCCUCAGAUUUGGAAAUGAUUGCCAACAGUGAUGUGGAGUUCACACAUGGAGCACAAAGGAGGCGCCUCCAUCCAUCCAGUCACCGGAGCAGCUCUUUUACUCUGCUGCAGUCGUUGGCCAUUGAAGACCGCAAGGACAAGCCCACGUACAGCGUGCUGCUGGGACAGCUGUUCGCCUUCAUAGGAACCACUCCUGAUCAGACCGUGUCCAGCAGCAGCUUCUUGUCCGCGGCUCAGACGCGCUGGAGGAGAGGCCGCACCCGGAGACAGGCUCUGGUUCACAUGAGGGAGCUGCUCACCACCGCUGUUCGGGUCGGAGGAGUCACACAUCUGGUCGGGCCCGUUACCAUGGUGCUGCAAGGCGGACCGCGAGUGGAGGAACUGACCUGCGGUGGCAUGAUGGAGCAGGUCCAGGAGGCCUUUGGAGAGACCAUGACGUCAGUGGUGUCUCUCUGCGCCCGUUACCCAAUCGCCUGCGCCAACAGCAUCGGCCUGCUGUGCACCAUCCCCUACACCAGGAGUGAGGAGCAGUGUCUGGUGCGCAGCGGUCUGGUUCAGCUGAUGGACAGACUGUGCAGUCUCAGCAGUCAGAGAGACAGCAGCUCCAGUGAGAAACAAACCAAAAAACAGAAAGUAGCUACGAUGGCCUGGGCUGCUUUCCAGGUGCUCGCCAACCGCUGCAUCGAGUGGGAAAAAGUCGAAGGCGGCUCCACAGAUGCAGUGCAUUCUGGGCUGGCACGACAGGUGUCUAGCCUGCUAACCAAUCACCUGGCUCGCGCGACAGACUGCUGCGGGAACCAAGCGGCGGGAAACGACGCCCUGCAGGAUGUGCUCAGUUUGCUCAACGAUCUUUCCAGGAGCCACAUUGGCAAAACCAUCCUGAGCCAGCCUGCCUGCGUGUCUAAACUCCUGUCUCUGCUCCUGGACCAGCGGCCCUCGCCCAAACUGGUGCUGAUCAUCCUGCAGCUGUGCCGCGCUGCGCUGCCGCUCAUGAGUGUGGAGGAUUGUGGGAAUGUAGCGCUGCCGUCCUGGAGCUACGCGACGAAUGCGCUGGACGCAGAGCAGCAGGAGGCCAGUGAUCCUGCCUUCCGCAUCGCGUCGCUGCUGCUGGCCAAGCUGGCGGACUACGUGGUGCCAGGUUUCCAGACGUUGCUCUCCCCCAGCGCCUCUGAGGCCGACACCAGUCUGACACGGGCCUGUCCGAAGAGCAGUGCUAAGACCGACAGAGACACUAGCGAGGAGGGUGAAGCCGUGGAUGGCAAGCUGUCCAUUUUCAUCCAUAAGAGAGAAGACCAGUCGUCCCAUGAGGUGCUUCAGCCGUUACUCAGCAGCUCAGAGGGUCGUCCCUUCCGCCUCGGCACCGGAGCGAACAUGGAGAAGGUGGUGAAGAUGGAUCGGGACAUGACGAAGAGCGGCUGCUGUGAGGUGAUCACGGAGGAGGCUUCGUCUGCUCUGCGGAAAGCCAAUAAGUGGGCUCAGUCUGGGCUUAUUGUUAGUGUGGGUCCUCCGAUAGAGAGCACAGGCCAGGAGAAUGCUGGGAUAUCCACCACAGGUGACAAGAAGAAAAGCGCCCAGUCUACAGUGUGCAGAGAGAGGAACGCUGAGCUGGCUCGCUCGGAUCCGGUGCGUCCCUUCAUCAGCGGUCAUGUGGCGAACAGCAUGGCUGCGGAGGUCAUCGCUCUGCUGCACAGUCUCCUGACCGCACCAGAGUCCAACACGGCUCAAAUAUGGACCAGCACCGCAGAAAAGGUGUUGUCCAGGGCCUUGAUGUACAUCCCUCAGUUAGGCAAGCACGCUGAGAGUAUUCUGGAGAGUGGCAACAGCAGCGGCAGGAAGUUAGCCAAACUGCAGGCCAUUGGCCGACAGGCCGUGGCGGCUCUCUGCGCACUGGGAGGAUUCAAGGAGACCAUCAAGAUCGGUUCUGAAGUCCAGGUGGUGGGUAAAGGUGUGUUGGACAGUGUUGGGGUCGUCAUAUCCAUUAAUGAGCAGGAGGGGAUCGCCACGGUCAGGUUUCCUUCCUGCGAGUAUCGGCGCACGAGCAAAGCGUCGGAUAUCCUCACCGUGCCCAUAUCCCGCCUCUGCACCCCUCGCUCUGAGGCUCUGCCGCUGCAUAAGCUGUCCAUCACAGAGAAGGUUGUUCAGGCCGUUCAGUCCAUGCUGCUGCCGCAGGAGGGCAGUCUGUCCAUCCACACGUCUCUGCCUGCGUCUGGAGACGGAUCCAGUCCUGUGAUGGCUGUGGUGCGUCUUCUGGCCGAGAUCAGAACCAGGGCGUGUUUGGUGAUGGCGCAGCUGCUGGAGGACAGCUCGUUCUGUGAGGAGUUUAUUCAGCAGUGUCCCGCAGCGGUGGAGGUGCUCAACCUGAUCGCUCAGGAGUGCAGUCCUGGAGAGCGUUUAGUGAUGGUUGAGGCUCAGUGUGAGCGGGUUCGGAUGCUGUAUCGAGACUGUGCUCGUCCUCCACCUCCUCCGGUGCAAACUGAUCAACGACAGCCUAAGGAAAUCACAUGGUGCCCGUCGCGCAUCUUCCCGCCGGUUCGCGCCUGCAUGUUCUCUUCACACUUGACCUCCGUGACCUUUCUGGCCGAUCCGAGCGCAGGCGGAGGUCUUCCCAGAGGAACGUUCAUCUACGCCACUUCACCUGUGCCUGUCCAGGCUCCUUCCUUUUACUGGGAGAUCGAGGUUGUUUCUUUCGGCGACUCGGAGGAUGACAGCGGCCCUGUGGUUUCGUUCGGUUUCUCCCCGGAGGCCGAGAAGAGAGACGGCGCUUGGACCAGUCCUGUGGGCACCUGUCUAUUCCACAAUAAUGGGAGGGCGGUACACUAUAAUGGCUCCAGUUUGCUGCAGUGGAAGAGUGUGAGACUAGACGUGACUCUACUUCCCGGUGAUGUUGCAGGCAUCGGUUGGGAGCGUUUGGAAGGCACUCCUCCUCCCCCCGGCCAGCCUCCUAAAGGCAGAGUCUACUUCACCUACUGCGGCCAGCGUCUCGCUCCUUAUCUGGAGGACGUGGCCGGAGGCAUGUGGCCUGUGGUCCACAUUCAGAAGAAGAAUACAAAGAUUCACGCAAACUUCGGCUGCCGGUUGUUUGCGUAUGCAGAGGGACAGGCUCACCGAAACGCCGCCGAUCUCUGCAUGGACCUCUCAGAGGAGAUCAGCGCCAACUUCGAGGCUCUGCCCUUCGCCUUGGCCUCCGACAGCGACAACGACGCCGGCACGAGCGUGGCGUCUGACUCCGGGUCUCACGGUCCCCCGUGUCGCAUCGCUGCGGUCGUCACAGCACAGCAGCAGUACAGCAGCGAUGCCUCUUGUCACUAUAAGGUUGAACUGAGUUAUGAGAAUCUGGUCGUCUCCGGGCCAAACGUUCAUCCGCCUCUGAUUGCUGAUGAUGAGAGCGAUGAUGAAGACGAUGAAGAUAUUCCCAGGGAGGAUCAUUACGCUUUGCUAGUGAAAGCGUGGGAAAGCAAAGUUUUUCCAACCAUUCGCCGUCGUUUCAGGAACGAGGCAGAGAGGAAGUCCGGCCUGGACCAGAUCAAAGGAGCGCUUCAGCUGGGAAUGGUGGAUAUCGCACGGCAGACUGUCGAGUUCCUGUAUGAAGAGAAUGGAGGUAUUCCUCGUGACCUCUACCUCCCAACCAUCGAGGAUAUCAAAGAUGAAGCCAAUAAGUUCACCAUCGACAAAGUCCGUAAAGGUUUGACAGUCGGCAUCCGCUGCCCUGAGGGAAACAACAGCAGCAGCAGCACAGCUCUGCCGAAGUUUGCCAUCCGGGGCAUGCUGAAGACCUUCGGCCUGCAUGGAGUCGUGCUCGAUGUCGACUCUGCCAGUGAGCUGGUGCAGGUGGAGACGUAUCUCCGCAGUGAGGGCGUGUUAGUUCGGUACUGGUACCCCAUAGAGAUGCUGGAGAGGCCGCCGGCAGGAUCCCGCAGGGCUGCAGCGAACGGCCUGGUGUCUCUAGACAGCAGCAACAUCCAGAUUCACCGGGAGCUGCUGCGCUGUGAAAGUGCUCUGGCGCGUCUCUACUGCCGCAUGGCAUUGCUCAACAUCUUUGCUCCCAAGAGCCCUCACACGUUCACACGUCUCUUCCACAUCCCCGCCGUGCGCGACAUCACACUUGAGCACCUGCAGCUCUUGUCCAAUCAGCUGCUGGCUCCGCCUCUGCCAGAUGGCAGAAUCAGCUCAAACUCUAUUCUGCUGGCUCAGUCCGUCCUCCACGAGCUGCAGGGCGAGAGCUGCUCCCCGACCGAGCUCUUCUAUCAGGGACACGCUCAGAGCAUCCGCGAGUGGCUGACGGUGGCCAUCAGCAGAGCCCUGCAUCAGGGAGAGGACAGCCUCCUCGAGCUCACUAAACAGAUCUGCUGCUUCCUGCAGAGCGCUCCAGAGCAGUUCACACUGGAAGAGUUUCCCAUCUCAGAGUCCAAGGUCAGCAUGGACGUGAACUUCCCUGGUGCCGCCUUUGUGGUCGUCUCUUGCAAAGAGAGCCAACUCAGCUGCCGCAAAGAUUCCUCUCUAUAUAAGGCCCCUUGGACUCGUGUAAUGGUGUAUGGACUUGGUCAUAAGGUGCGGCGAAACGGCCAGCUGAAUCUGAUGGAGGCAGUGUGCUACCCGCUGGACGCUUCCCCGUCCAAUACAGGACUCACCCCUCCACCCACAGCCAACCAGUAUCCCAGCAUCAUCAUCCCCACUGACAAAGUGCAUGUCAAACUAGGUGUAUCUCCCCCUCCUGGUGCAGUGCUGGUAUUGCACUCGUUGCCUCUUGAGUUUCCCUUGGCCAUGGCCUUUGCUGAACAGCUGCUAACGUACACCAUAGGGGAAACCAUUGACCGCUCUGAGGAUGAGCUGGACACUGUGCCCACUUCUGUGCUUAUGCAGGUUGUAGAUUUGCUGGGUGGGCUUCUGUGGACCACCGAUCUUGCGCCAUGCAUCAAGGAGCUGAUCUUCCACUUGCUUGCGGAGCUUCUCCGCAAGAUCCAUGCCUUCGAGCGUCGCAAAACCCCCUCGGGUCUGUCUAGCCACAUUACAUUGCUUCUCAACCCUUGCCUAACAGUCCUUAUGGUUCUUCAAUCCGAGCUACGAAAACUUUACGACCACGAGACCCAAAGUUGGGGGCUAGUUAGCGGAGGUUCCUGCACUUCCGCAGCAGGUAGCAGUGGAGCGCUUGCACUCGUCACCGAGCGGAGCCGCUUCUCGACCUACUUCCAUGCCCUGAUGGAGGUGUGUCUAGCAGUCGCCGAAGUGACUCUGCCGCUCAGUACAGGUACAGGGAUUUCGGCGGUAGGCACCCCUUCGUCCACGAGCACCGCUAACUGUAGCGAUUCCUCGUCCUCUUCGUCGUCCUCUCCGGGCCAGACGCCUCAAAGUCCAAGCUUGCUUUCGAAGCGCAAAAAGGUGAAGCUAAAGCGUGAACGGGCAGUGGUCGCUGUUACUUCGGCAGCUGCCGUCUCAGGAAAACAUGGUUCUGGAAGUGGAGCGAGACCAUCAGAAUGUGACAGUGCUUUACUAAACAUGGCCGGAGGGAAGCCAGAGGACAUGUUGUGGUUUCACCGUGGGUUGACGUUACUCUUGAUUUUGCGGCACCUUGCUAAAAAGGACCCGCAAGGUCUGGGCGUCACUGAAGAUGCGGUUGCAGAUGCUUGCCAAGCCUUGGUUGGCUCCACCACUCACAGUCGUUUGCUCGUGCUCUCAGGAAUCCCCACUCACUUGGAGGAAUCCGUGGUGCGCAAUGCAAUCCGAAGGGCUUGCAACGCGCACGGCGGUCUCUUCAAGGAUGAGAUCUUUAUUCCGGUUCAGGAGGAGGACCCUAAAAAAGCCAAAGCUGAAACUUCAGGUAUUUCCCAAGAUGCAAAGCGAGAUUGCACUGCAGGAAGCCCAAAUAGCAACAGCGCAACGCCAGCAAUGAGUGCCUCAGCUUCAGCGAGCCAGACGUCGAUCUCCGGCUCUUUACAGGGAGCUUCCAGGGCUGCCGGUGGGCUGCUAGUGAACCAAGAGCUGGUAACCCCUCAAACAGCACCUUCCCUGCCACAUGCAUCACUGGAUCCCCACACGGUCUCCAGUCAGGAGAGUCUGGAUGUGUCUCUUUGUAGCACAGGAAGUCAAGGUAGUCUCGGCAGCAUUGGGGAGCAGUUGGAUAGUGGUGCGACGUCAGUCUCAGAUGGGAGCUCCAUGUACACAGUUGCCUCACCAGACAUCCAUGCCAGUGUGGCACGACCAAUCAAAGGCUAUGCUGUCAUAGAGGUAAGGGCCCGGGCCCAAGUAGAGAAGAUUCGAGCCAGUCUUUUUAACAGCAGUGAUCUCAUUGGCCUUUCCAAUCUGGAAAGAGAGGAGGAGCUAAUGGAGAUGACCAAUGAGGAGAUCCUCACCGCCUCCAGUGUAAAUCAGAGUUUGUUUGACACACAAGGGAGUUCUGCCCUGGAGGAGUACUUCCUUGACAAAUCGAUCAGAGGAGAUAAAUUGGUUCCUGAAGCACGUGAUGUGCUGACAGACAUCUUUAAGAGCUGUGUAUACGCAGAGCAGGUGCUGAGCUCCGUACCAACAAAACCAGUGAAAGUAUCGGACAUUUAUCUGAGCAAAGAGCAGAUGAACUCUCAGACACCAGGAAACCUGCUCCACCUGUUUUUUACACAUGUGCGGCCUCCCAAGAAGGUGCUUGAUGACCAGCUCACUCAGAUUCUUCGUAAAUAUGGCACAGUAAAGCCCAACAAGAACAAGCACAGCAAGGCAGGCAAAGAGCAGCACCAAGGCAAAGUGGUCAGCACAAAAAGACCCAUCACCAAACCCCCGGCCAAAGAGAAGUCCAUGCUGAACAGUGUUAGAACUGUACUUAGUGAGAAAAAAGCAGUCCUUAAGUCAAAAUCUCCUGAGAAGACCAAGCCCGAUGAAAAAGACCCUGAAAAGUCUCCCGCCAAAAAGCUUGAAGUGCCAGAAGAGAAGUUUCUGACCCUGGAAGGUUUCCACAAGUUUACUCUAGACAGAGCCAAGCAGGAUAUUCGCAGUGUUUGGCGGGCGAUCCUGGCGUGCGGUUACGACCUGCACUUUGAAAGAUGCACGUGCAUCGACUCCCGACAUGCUCAGAAAACCAGUAGAAAAUGGACCUUUGAGAUGGACUUUGCGCUGGUCCAGUUUGUUAACCGUCUGUGCCGACACCUGGCCAUCACUCCUGCACGCUUGCAUCCACAUGAAGUUUACCUCGACGCCAAGGACACCGCCGACCCCCAAGUCGCAUGCUUAAUAGGCGUUCCAGUGGAGAGUUUGCGUCUGCGGUUUGCUUUGCUGCAGUCGCUCAACAGCACGCUGGAGAGCUUCUUCCUUCCGUUAGUCGAGCUGAGGCUGACACAAACCUAUCAAAACAGCAUCGCGACGCUUCUGUGCGAAGCCAAAGGCCUGAUUUUUUACGACACCAAAGUGACUUUUAUGAACCGGGUGCUGAACGCAAGCGUCCAGCGCACAGCGGAUCACGCCGCGCCUGAGGUCACGCUCGACCCGCUGGAGAUAGUGGGAGGAGAGACGCGUGCAGCAGAGAACACGUACUUCUGCCAGGCGGCGCGUCAGCUGUCCUGCGUCCCGUCGUCUCAGCUGUGUGUGCGGAUCGCCAGCGGAGGAGACCCCACCUACGCCUUCAACAUCCGCUUCACCGGGGAGGAGGUCCACGGCACCAGCGGCUCAUUCAGGCAUUUCUUGUGGCAAGUCUGUAAGGAGCUGCAGAGUUCGGCGCUCUCUCUUCUCCUCCCGUGUCCCAGCGCUGCGGCAAAUCGCAAUAAGGGGAAGUACAUUGUGACGCCGUGCCCCAUCACUUACGCAGAAGAGCAGCUGCUGAACUUCUUCGGCCAGCUGCUGGGGAUCGCCAUCAGGGCAGACGUGCCUCUGCCUUUGGAUCUGCUCGGAUCCUUCUGGAAGGGUCUGGUCGGUGAAGCGCUCGACCCAGAAUCUGACUUUCGAGAAGCCGACCUGCUCACAUACAACCACAUCAAGAAGUUUGAGAAUGUAAACUACAAUCCCGUUCUCCUGAUCGCCUCCAUCCAGGCUCACACCAUGUAUCAGGUGGGACUGAUGGAGACGGACCAGCACAUUGAGUUCUUCUGGGCCGCGCUCGAGAUGUUCACGCAGGAGGAGCUCAGCAAGUUCAUCAAGUUCGCCUGCAACCAGGAGCGAAUCCCCUUCACCUGCCCCUGUAAAGACGGCGGUCCCGACACGGCUCACGUGCCCCCCUACCCCAUGAAGAUCGCCCCGCCUGAUGGGGCAGUGGGUAAGUGUUAA